GUCGGGAGAAGUUAGUCUUGCGCAAUUCAAAAAUUGUUGGCUCAGUCGGAAAUCGUUCUGCCUAAAGAGAGCACGCAAAGCGACAAGUAUUUCAUAUUCCGCUUUUCUUUUACAUAUUUUACAGUCAAAUUACAAUAAUAUUUAUCUGGAUAUCAUAAUUUAUUAGUGUAUUUUAUAUUCACGCAGGAUUUUACGAAAAAAUAAUGUCAAAAUAGGAAAUUCCUAAUUGAAAAACAAAACACACAUGGAAAUAAAAAAGAAGAACAUAAAAAUGAUUGUUUAUAAUGAUAAUCAUAAGAUAUUACAAAACGAAUAUUUAUGUAAAAAAGUAUUUAGGCAUUUAAAGAAUAUUACAAAUGUUAGAAGAAAAUUCGUGAAAUUGAUUGUCGAUGUAUGCCAAUCUUGAUCAGGUAAUCUAGUGGAAAAAUGAUAAAAUUGAAGUUAAUCCGACUUAAAGAAUUUUGUUGCCAUGGACCCGGAUUUGUACUACUAAUUCUGCCAUGUAUUUUACUUUUGACAUUGUAUUUAUUCACUGGAAAUGAAUUUGAUAAAAUACAGUAUUACUCAUAUAAAUCGUACAAUGAUGCAGUUACUGUCGAUGGGUUUUUGGUUUGGAAUUCAAAAUGUCAUAUGCCCUCAAAAAGUCUUCUCGAUCCGUCCAUAGUGAAAUUUGUAAAAAAGGAGAAAUUUCAAACUUGCACAAAAUCACCACUUUUAACAUCGAUUAUUCAGGACAAGAAUGGUGAUAAUAUUUUAAUGUUAAAUCUUAAUGAAACUAAACAUCUUAAAAGUAUCUUUUGCUGUUGGGCUCCGAUUAAUAGACCAAUUCCGAAGAAACCAAAUCCUCAAAAAAAUUUUGAUUCAUCUAUUACAAUACAAAAUUGUGUCGAUUUCAAUAUCUCAGUCAUCAUACCAAAGGAAGUUGAUACUCUGAUGGUUUCCUGUAAAGAUAAAAAAGAAAUUAGUGUUAAAGCAAAGGGAAAAUUAAAAAAUACAAAACACCCUGUAACAAUUUAUCAAAAUGUCCAUUCAGUCAUUAAUGUGGAUAAAGUUUCUGAUCGUUUUAAUAUUUCAUCUGACAAUAACAAUAAUAUGACGAGUCGCCAUCAGAGAAAAUUAAGUGUCUUAUUAUUGGGUAUUGAUAAUGUUUCACGAUUAAAUCUCGAGAGAAAUUUGCCAAAGACAACAAAUUAUCUUCAUGAAAAAGGAUGGUUAAUAAUGAAGGGCUAUGAUAAAAUGGGUGAAAAUACAUUUCCAAAUUUAAUGGCAAUUUUAACUGGUCAACAACAAACUGAUUCUUAUGACAAAUGUAAGCCGACAAAUCCAUUUGGCCUUGAUCAUUGUCCAAUGUUAUGGUAUAAUUUUAGAAAUGCUGGGUAUGUCACAGCUUACGCUGAAGAUGAAGCUAAAAUUAGUACUUUCAACUAUUUAAAGGUUGGUUUUGUGGAUCCUCCAACUGACUAUUAUCUCAGACCUUAUAUACUGGCAACGGAAAAAUUGCUAAAGUCUCGUCGAAGAUUUGCAAAUUAUUAUUGCACUGGUCCAGAAGUGGCGGCCGAAAGAAUUCUCAAUUCUGCCGUUGAUUUUGCAACAAAAUUCCAAGGUGUUCCAUAUUUUGGUUUUUUUUGGACAAAUUCAGUGAGUCACGAUUCAAUUAAUGGCCUAUCAUCAAUGGAUACACAUAUCCUCUCAAGAUUAGAAUAUCUUGAACAUGAAGGAAUAAUGAAUGAUACAAUGAUCAUUUUUUUAAGUGAUCAUGGAAUGAGAAUUGGCGAUAUUAGAAUGACAUUUAUGGGAUGGUACGAGGAGAGAUUACCAUUUUUUUACGUUUGGCUUCCACAAUGGUUUCGCGAUGAAAAUCCUGAAGUCUAUGAUUCAUUGACAAUUAAUCAAAAUCGAUUGACAUCACCAUUUGAUCUUUAUGAAACAUUACGUGAUAUUGUAAUAAGAGGUGGUGGCGAAGCUGGACCAAGUACCGGAUGUCCUAAAUGUCGAUCACUUUUCAAGACAGUUCCUGUUGAACGGGGAUGUGAAGAUGCUGGUGUACCACCACAUUGGUGUGUUUGUUCAGCUUUUGAAAAGGACAAUGCCUCUAGUCAAAUUGUCGUUCGAGGUGCACAUAAAAUACUCGAUCAUAUUGAAAAUAUUGUCAAAAAUUAUAAGACAAAAAAGGGCAAACGUUUAUGUGCAAAAUUUAAAUUGAAAAAAAUUCAUCGAAUUCAUAAAGUUAUAGAUUUAAAUAAUAGUAAUUCUACUUCCAGUACAGAAUAUUUUUAUAUGAUUCAGGUAACACCUGGUGAUGCAAAAUUUGAGGCGACAAUACAUUAUUACGGGUCUGAUAAUUAUAAUGUUACUGAAGAACAAAUAAGCAGAAUAAAUUCAUAUGGACCUGGUUCAAAGUGCCUCGAUCAUGGCCAAAAGAGGUACUGUCACUGUAUCAAGUGAAUAAAAUUUUAAUUAUACUUAGAAAAUAAAAUUCUGGAUGCAAUUAUCGUCUCUAGACUGUCCUAAAUACGCAGAGGAUUCUUAUUCAUUCCAUUUGCAUCUCUUUAUAGUGAAGAAUCUGUUAUUCUAUAAAUUUUUAAUUACUCUUUAUUUUAAAUUUUAAUAAUUAAAAUUAUUAGUAUUUUUGUAAGAAUAUAUGUUAACUGUUUUUCACUUGUUAGGCCAUUCACAUGAGAGUAAUUUUUUAUAUAAAUGAUAUUAUUGACGUGAAUUCAAAUUUUUUUAUUUAUUAUUGCGUACUAUAUUAUAUAUUGAAAAUUAUUAAAAAUGACAUAUUUAUAAAUUAUGCACUUUAUUAUAACUUUAAUGUAAUUUAUUUUUAUGUUAUAUUUUAAUGAAGUUAUCAUCUCUCAGGAAGUAAAAUGAAAUUUUGUUAUAAAUGAAGAUAAAGAAAGAAAUCGCAUAUAAUGGGUUUUAAUCUUAUAUUCAUGUUUGUAAUUUAUAUAAUAAGAAUAAGGUGCUACUAAAUUAAAUUUACUACAAAUAUUUAAAUAAUUUCAAAUGGUUAAUUAAUUAAUUAAUUUAAAUAGUUAAAUAAAUUCAUAAUGAUAUUAAUUAUAAAAAUAUAAGUUUUUACACCCUGAGAAAUUUUUGAAUUCAAUUAAAUAUAGUUUAAAAUAUAUUUUUUCUCUUGAUUAUAAAGUGUUUAGCGUUUUAUAUACAAUUUAAUAAAAAUUUCACAUAUCAUGUUAUUGUUCAUUGCAAAAUAUUAUUAAUAGCAAAUACUUUUUAUUCUUAAACCCGUUAAACUAAAAGUUUUCUUUUAAAAUUUAUUUAUAUUAAUUGAAAUUAUAGUAUGUGCGAAGAUAAAAUGAAGAUAUAAAAAUGUACAUAUAUGUAAAAUAAUGCUGUAUAAAUUUAAAUUGUAAAUUUUACUUGACAAUUUUCUAUAAUAUAUCAAAAAAAUAUAUAUACAAAUGUUUUUUAAAAA